AUGAGUAAUGAUGCGACACUCAAAAAUAAUGUUACUUUAACUUCUAUAAUGACUACAACCACACCAACUACUACUACAAUCACUAGUUCUACUUCUAAACUCCAUACGGAUAAUAUUCGUCCUAUUCAACUACAACGUAUGAUAUCUCGUUGUUCAUGUGAAGUAUUUUAUAUACAUUAUGAACCUGCUGAUCCAGCGAAUUUACCACUUCCACAUCUUAUCCCACCAUUAUCACUAGAUGAAACAGAAGUUGUUCGUAAUCCAGAAGGAGCUGACACAGUCACUUUAUUGCAUCAUACGCUAAAUGUUUCCACAAAUUCUCUCCAAUAUCAUAUGAUUGUAGAAAUUGUGAACGAUCUUCUGUUGUAUGUUGAACCACAAAGAAAGGCUAAAUUGGAACGUAAUCGUUUGACAUUCGGUUUAAUGUCUGAAUCACAAGUUCGUUUAGCUAUAUUACGUGAUCAAGAAACUUUACGUCGUUUGAUCUCUGAACAACGUCAGCUGGAACGUUAUUUAUGGUCAUACGUUAGACAAACUAUGCAAGAACUAGGCUUAAAUGCCAAUAAUACAUUAAUUGAUCAUUCAUAUCCUACAGCUUUUUAUCACUCUCCUACUACUGACAUUAGUAACAAUGUUACAUCGCGAACAUCAAAUUUAACUUUGAAAUUAGUCGAUUGCAUACAAAGUGCUCGUCAAUUGGAAACUCAAAUUAAUCAAUUAAAAUCUCGUAUUAUUGAUUUAAAUGGUAUACUAUCACAGCGUUUAGGACAUUAUCAACAAUUACAAAUACAAAUUCAACGUCGACAUAUACGUAAAGCAAUGUCAUUUCGACGUUAUCAUCCAAUAAAUAAAUCAUCAGCAUGUUCAUCAUUAUUAUCAUUUAAUAAUGAGACUUUAUCAUCAAUUACAAAUUGUAAUAAUGUUAGUUUAGUACAAAAAACAUCUAAUGAUGAUUUUAAUCGAAUUAUUCAAACCAACAAUAUUGAAUCGGAAACUUAUAUACAAAAUAGAAUAAAUUUACAUCGUGCAUCUUCUAUAGACUAUUUAACUCAUGCUAUUACGAACACUAUGAAUAAUAACAAUACUGAAACUGUCAUAUCAGAAAGUGGUAAUAAGUCAUUGUUAUCAUCGUCAUUUAUGGAUGGUGGUGAUAGUAAACCAGCGGAAGUUGUUCGACGAAGUGAGGUGUGUUUUGAGCAUGCAAGAUGGCGUAUGACUGAAAAUGAUGGACAAAUAGGUUUAGCUGAUGUGGAACUACGUGGUUUUAUUUACACAAAAACACAUCGUCAAGAUGAUUCUGGUUCACAUCGUUUAGAAUUAGGUUGGAUACGUGUUUGUAGUUUGGCACCGAAUUCAUUUUAUCGAGAAGUUUUAGCUCCUGAUGUAUCUGGUGGUCGUUAUGCUGGUGGUCCAAUUCUACGUAUUGCUUGUUCUGAUUUAGCUCCAGUUGGUGGAAUAUCUGUGAAAGAAGCGAUGGAAAUCAGUGUUGCACCAAUUUUAUUACAGAUGAGUAAGCAAUUCUAUAGGAUUAUGAUGCCUUUCUUUUUUCCUGAAAAAACUGAAGAUACUACUACUAAUAAUACUGUCACCGCUACCCCUGUUCAUACUGUAACUGUAGCAAACCCAAUAGGAGACGGCAUUAAUUCAUCUGCAUUUACUAGUCAUCCGUUUUUUAUUCCACAAGACAAUGUUGGGAGUAGUAGUGGUAUCGGUAGUGUUCCAUUUCAUUAUCUGGAUUCCAAUCUCUCUACAAAUCCAAAUAAUCUACGUUACUCAUCAGAAAAUAUCGGUUUACCAAGUAAAUCAUGGCUACGACGUUAUCUAUCCCGAUAUUUACCUCAUCGUUUAAAGAAUGAGAGCGAAUCAGUACCAUCAGUUUCAUCAUCAUUACCACAACCAUUAAAUGUUAUCCAUAAAUCUCAUCAAUCAGAUAUUUUAGAAAACAUAUCGUCAGAUUUAUCUAUGCCGAUUGUUGUUUCAACUGCGGCUACAACAGUAACACUUACUUCGUCGUUGUUGUCGCCAGCAUCAGUGUACAUUCCAUCAAAUAAUUUAACGAUCGAAGCUGCCAUAUCUGGAAGAAAUUAUUGUAGUGUCAAUGAUGAUUGGAAUGCAUUGAGUAAUAAUGCAACGGGAUCAGGGACAGAAACAACAGUAGCAUCGUCACUAUCGCUUACGUCUUCUUUUGCUACAACGUCUAAAUUAUUACAAAUGAUGAAUAUGCGCACGAAGUUACCCAUAACUGAUUAUUUAAGGAGCCAAAACGAAUUGGAAUUUCCCAAUCUUUUCCACACGAAUGAAUCUGACGUUAAAUCAUCAUUAUCACAUAAUCAUAAAUCUAAUGAAUGUUUUUCAAUACCAUUGACACAUUAUUCAAAUUAUAACGAUACUACUACUGAUAAUUUUAUCAUGUUAAUGCAACAACCAUCGAUAUGUUUACAACAAUUAUUACCUGUAAACAAUACAUGCACAUAUUGUAAAUCGAUUCAUUCAACCUCUAGUAAUCAUCUUCAUUCUUUGAAUAUGUCAUGGUAUAAUCCAAUGAAUUAUGGAUCUCUACCAACGGAUCAAAUAACAUCAGUUAAUCAAAUCGCUAUGCAUCAUUCAAAGCAUAAUAUUAACAACACAAAUAUACCAUUGAAUCCAGUCGAUGUGAUGCAGGAAAGAGCUCGUCAAAACAAAGUAUUUCUAUACAUUAAAAUUCCUGGUUUCCCAAUACGAUUAAGUUAUAAGGGUGAAAAACAAAAAAAUAUCACUGAUGUAACACGUUUUGAAUUGUUUAUUCCAACACUGGAAUAUCAUAAUUGUGUUUGGACGUGGUUAGAUUUUGUGAUGGAAGUAAAAACGCGUAUACGUAAACAACUUGUUCGUGAAGUGAUAAAGAAAAAACUUACACCUCGACGACGUUUACCACUUUUACGUAUCUCUGGUACCAGUAACAGCAAUACUGAUAAUAAUAGUAAUAUUUCUGCUAGUAGUACUACUGAUUCUAAACCACACGAGUUAACAACGUCAAAUAUUCUGUUAUCAUCUGUUAACCGGCUGAGUUCACUGACUCCUCCCGCUGUUACUAGCGGUCGUGCUGAUUCAAUGAUACAUUCACCUGAUGUCGAUGAUGAUGACCUAGUCGAUCCAACAACUGUUGCUGCACAAGAAGAAAAAGCUCAACGUGAUUUGGAAAUGAUAUUAGGUCGUCAUGCUCAAAUACAACCUAACAAGACGGGCAAACGAAAACGUUUCAAAUCGAAAGCAUUCUAA